UGGCCACUCGUAUAAGUGCAGGGAAAAGUCGUCAUAUAAAUUUAGAUGUGAUUUAAUUCACGUUCCAUAAACGUGCUUCUAAACAUCGCAUCAUGAAUAAGUACACAAUUCUGAUCCUAUCCCUCCUUGUGGGCGCACUUUGCGAACCCCCCUCGUCACAAUACCUACCCCCAUCAAAUGGUGGCGGAAGCGGAGGCUACGGAGGUGGUAGCAAUGGUGGCGGCGGAGGAGGAGGCUUCGGAGGAAGCCCCUCGAGUCAAUACGGUGCCCCCGGAUCGGGCGGCGGAAGCGGUGGAUUUGGGAGCAGCGGCCCAUCUUCAUCAUACGGAGCCCCAGGAUUAGGAGGCGGUAGCGGAGGUUUUGGAGGCGGAUCUCCAUCCUCUUCAUACGGCGCUCCAGGUGGAGGAAGCGGUGGUUUCGGAGGUGGAGCCCCAUCCUCUUCAUAUGGCGCUCCAGGCGGAGGUAGCGGUGGUUUUGGAGGCGGCGCACCAUCUUCCUCUUAUGGCGCUCCAGGCGGAGGUAGCGGAGGUUUUGGAGGCGGAUCUCCAUCCUCUUCAUACGGCGCUCCAGGUGGUGGUAACGGUGGUUUUGGAGGCGGAAGCCCAUCCUCUUCUUACGGCGCUCCAGGCGGAGGUAGCGGUGGUUUUGGAGGCGGAAGCGGAGGCUUCGGUGGUGGAAGCCCAUCCUCCUCAUAUGGUGCCCCAGGUGGAGGCAGCGGUGGUUUUGGAGGCAGUAGCCCAUCUUCUUCUUACGGCGCUCCAGGCGGAGGUAGUGGUGGUUUUGGCAGCAGUGGCCCAUCUUCCUCAUACGGUGCUCCAGGCGGAGGCAGCGGUGGUUUCGGAGGCAGCAACGGUGGUCGCCCAUCUUCUUCUUAUGGCCCUCCUGGAUCAGGAGGAAAUGGCGGUUUUGGAGGCAGUAACGGUGGUCGUCCAUCUUCCUCUUAUGGCCCUCCUGGAUUAGGAGGAGGUAAUGGAGGUUUCGGAGGCAGUAGUCCAUCUUCUUCUUAUGGUGCUCCAGGUGGAGGCAGCGGCGGUUUCGGAGGUGGUAGCCCAUCAUCCUCUUACGGUGCUCCAGGCGGCGGUAAUGGUGGUUUUGGAGGCGGAAGUCCAUCAUCUUCUUACGGAGCCCCCAGUUUUGGAGGCAGCAGCGGAGGUUUCGGAGGCGGAAGCCCAUCCUCAUCUUAUGGUGCCCCAGGUGGAGGCAGUGGCGGCUUCGGAGGUGGUAGCCCAUCUUCAUCCUACGGUGCCCCAGGCGGAGGCAGCGGUGGUUUCGGAGGUGGAAGCCCAUCCUCCUCAUACGGUGCUCCAGGCGGUGGAAAUGGAGGUUUCGGAGGUGGAAGCCCAUCCUCAUCCUAUGGCGCUCCAGGCGGUGGAAACGGAAAUGGAAAUGGAAAAGGUGGAAACGGUUACAGAAAAGGUGGACGUAACGGUGGUGGAAACGGAAACGGAGGAGGAUACUCAGGUGGAAGCAGUGGAGGUUUCGGCGGUGGAAACGGUGGUGGAUACUCAGGAGGAAGCAGCGGUGGCUUUGGAGGUGGAAGCCCAUCCUCCUCAUAUGGUGCCCCAGGUGGUGGCAGUGGUGGUUUCGGAGGUGGAAACGGCGGCGGAUACUCGGGAGGAGGAAGCAGUGGAGGUUUUGGUGGUGGAAGCCCAUCCUCCUCGUACGGUGCCCCAGGUGGAGGCAGUGGUGGUUUCGGAGGCGGAAACGGCGGUGGAUACUCAGGAGGUGGAAGCAGUGGAGGAUUCGGAGGUGGAAACGGUGGCGGAUACUCCGGUAGCGGCUCGUUCUCGAACGGCGGCGGUAGCGGUGGCUACAGCGGAGGAAGUGGAGGAUCCCCUUCGUCGUCCUAUGGAGCACCCUCUAGUCAAUCCAGUGGUAACAUCUUCGGACCAGGAAACCCCAACCGAUAUUCAAGUUCAGGUAACCCGAACGGCGGUUACAGAAGAUAAAAAAUUAUUGCUCCAAUGUAAAUUAGGUAGUUAAUUAUGUUAAUUAUUUAUUUGUUUUAAUAUUUUCUCUCUCUUUUUACCUUUCUACUGACAUAUAAAUUUGUGAUGUAUUGUAUAAAAUUGUUAUCUUAUGUGCCUUGAAAAAACUUUUAACUUGUUUAUUCGUAAUAAAGACCGGUUAUUUUAUAA